AUGGAGUACGAUUUUCUCUUUCUAGGCGCAAGUCCAGCCUGCUUUCUAGGAGCAGCCUCUGGUCUCCUAUGUCUGCUUUUAUGGCUUUCCACGAGGAACACUGCAGAGUUGGAAGCGCCACUUCUAACCAAUGAUUCCGGGGACUUCUUACAAAUCAUGAAGAAGGGUUACGCAGAAUACCGCGAUCGGCUGUUUAAGAUUCCUACAUCCAACAAACCCAUGGUGAUCGUACCCACUCACUUACUGGACGAUCUCAAAGCGUAUCCCGAAGACAAGAUCAGUUUUCGUCAGGAAAUGUACGAUCGUUACUUGGGAAAAUACACAUCGGUCGCUUCUAAUAGCAGCGCCAUGAUCCACUCCGUCAAGUUUGAUUUAACUAAAAACAUCGGAAAUCUUAUUCCACAAAUGCAGGACGAAACGAGCUACGCUAUGAGCGAUUUCAUGUCUGACUAUAUGCCCGGGACGCAAGGAUGGACAAGGGUACCAGUUUAUGCUUUGUCUACGCGUGUCAUUGCUUUGGUAUCAGGCAGAAUUUUUGUCGGCUUGCCGCUGUCACGAAACAAGGAAUGGAUUCAUACCGCUAUCUAUUCAACCAUUGACUCUUUCGGCGGGGCAGCUAUGAUGUGGCAAUACCCCUCAUGGUCUUGGCCGAUUAUGCAAUGGAUUAUACCCCAAACAAAGCGGAUACGCUUCUACCGACGAAGGGUUGCAGAGAUGCUCAAGCCAAUCAUUUUAAAAAGACUUGAAGACAUGGAGGGGGACCCCGAAUUCAAGAAACCUUCCGAUAUGAUUCAAUGGCUGAUUGACAACUCCGACGGCCGAGGCGGCGAUCUUGCAUUCCAGGCGAAUGAGCACAUAGUCAUGAAUGUAGCUGCCAUUCACACUACUGGUGGCCAGCUUGCUCAUACACUUUAUGAUCUUGCGCGAUAUCCCGAGUACGUGCCUCAGCUUCGUGAGGAGAUUGACUCGGUUUUAUCUCGGGACGGCAGCAUCACGAAGCAAGGCCUCUUCCGCCUGAAGAAGAUGGAUAGCUUCUUGCGUGAAGUGCAGAGACUAAGCCCUCCGUCCAUGGUUUCAACUAACCGAAAAGUCUUGAAGCCUCUGAAACUUUCAAACGGAGUCGUCAUCCCUGCUGGCACAUCGUUAGCUGCUUCUCCAGCAUGCGUGAGCAGAGACCCUGCGAUCUGGAAGAAUCCAGAUGACUUCGAUGGACUUCGAUUCUACAAACUUCGAGAAGCAGAGGGAGACGAGAAGUAUCAAUUUGCUACAGUUAAUGAAGACGCCCUAAGCUUCGGCCACGGCCGCCAUGCUUGUCCAGGGCGCUUUUUUGCGUCUGCUGAAUUGAAGAUUGUUUUACUACACAUUCUACAGAACUUUGAUAUAGAGCUUUGCGACGAUUAUAGGAAGGAUCGACCUUUGAAUACUUUCGCGGAGGUUAUGGCUGCACAGGACUAA